UGAAUGCGAGGCAGGGUGUGGCACCGGGGCGCGCGCGGGAGUGAGCGGUGUCCUUUGUCCACCAGCUGGAGGGACCCUAACUAGGAGACAUGGAGAGCGCGGAGUGGAUUCAGAAACCCAGCCAUCACCAAACCUGUGACCUCACGCACUCGCACGGUGACAUGUGGACGUGUAGACAGGAGCAGGUCCACUUCGGUAUGACUGACGAGCCGAAAGAGAACUUGUCCAGCUCUCAGAGACAAGGGACGGACAGACACUACCUGUCUCACUCUCAGUGGUGUGAAACUCCCAAACUGACCAAGAAGGACACAUCUCUGCGCAGACGUCUCCUUGCAGCCAAAUCCGUGACUGAAGUAAAGACAAGUGUCUACAGGACACCGAGCUGCAGGGACACGUACACACGAGAAGCGUCAGAGUCUCCAGACGUCCUCCUGAGCGGCCCACUCUCCUACAGCACGCUGAGGUCAGAUGCUGGGACCGUGUCCUGCAUGAAGCGCCGUCUGGUGUUCUCUCAGGCUGUGACGUCCACGCUGGAGGACGACCAGGGCGGGGUGAGCCCCAUUCUGUCCGAGCCUGACUUGGACGAGAGCAUCAUCUCUGGGCUUUUGCCGUCUGAGACGCCGGAGACGCUGCGGGAACGAGACGGCUUUCAGACCCCUGUGACCUGUCUAGCCGCUGAUCUGUCUGAGAGCCUGAGCGUGCUGAGCACUCCUUCUCUCACGCCGCUCUCUGGAUUAGACGCGUCUGAUGACAGCGGUUUCGGCUCACUGCGAUUGGACGGCUCGGAGGAUGGCGGUGAUGACGGCUCGUUCCAGGAGGGGGCGCCAAGGGUCACGCUUGGCCGAGACCACCGCCGCUCCAGACUCGAGCGCCAGCGCAGACUGUCCACACUCAGGGAGGGCUCCCAGUCAGAGGACGAGGUCAAAGGUCAGCACAUGAAUGGGCAGGGCAUAAAGCUAGAGGAAGAGGUGUUUUCAGAGACUCUGCCCCUCAGGGUGACUCACCGUGACCUGUCGCUCACUCCUGCGUUGCAAGCUGUGGAGGCCCUCAGCCACUCGUUCACACACUCGCACGACCUCGACCAUCCAGUCAGCACUCGCCGAGACCUCUCGCACGACCCGGACCACGCAAUCGCAGCGUGCCCGCCCCUCUCGCACCUAAUUGGCCGGAAGAUGGGUUUAGGCAAGAUGGAUGUUCUCACAGAGCUCCACGUGAGGAAUCUGCACCAUGUUCUGUCCUCCAUCCUGCAGCUCCUCUCCACCAGUGAUGUACACACGUGUAUUCAGGUGUGUGUCUCCUGGAGUGAUAUCGUCCUGCAGGACAGGAAGGCCAACCGCAGGAGGAGGACAUACGAACGGGAGCAGAAACAUGCGCUGGAGAUGGGCGGGGUUGUACGUGUGGCGGAUGCAGAGACCCGGUUAGCGCUGGCGUGUCGCUCGGCUCUCAGCAGUGUUCAGGCUCGGGCUAAAACUUCCAGCACCCGCGCGCACUCUCCUGCAGCUGGCAGCGCUCCCACACACACUCCACCCUCCAGCAAACGGCAACAGUUCCUGCAGGUUGCGAAGACGCUGUUCAGUGAUGAAUGUUUGCGUCCGUGUCCCAGGUGUGAACAUCCCGCUCGUUGUCACUCUGUAAAGGCUGAAGGUGUGUGUAGCUGGAGCGAGUGUGUGUUUCAUUUCUGUACUUCCUGCCUGCGGGCCUAUCACGGAUCAGCUGACUGCACACGGCUUCCCAACACACGCAGGAAGGGGCGGAGCCAGUUGUUACCAGGUAGUGCACAGAGCAAGCGCAAUGUCAAGAGACUGUGACCCGGGCGCGCGCACACCCACGAGAUCUAUUUUCUUCAGGAAGACCCACAGAUGGCGUGAGCUGCUUGCGUGUCCCCGUCCGUCCUCAGGCUGC